CUCAUUAUCAACACUUACUAAUACAAUGGCUGUAAAACUCGCGAUCGCUGUUGCGAUUUUCGCAGUGUGCCAUGCUAACCCCUUCCUUCUAAAAGGCGUUUUGUUCCGCGAUGGACGCAGCUUCUCCAUUGGCCAUGCAUACGCCAGCAAUUUGGGCUUAUCACCUAUUCGCAGCCAAGCAUCAGGAACCGCGAGCAGCAACGGCGGAGUCUCCCAAGCAUACGGCAGCGCAGAAUCCAUAGCAGACCCCUACCCUGCACAAACAGUCGUUCAAGCUGAAACCUAUGAAGUGCCUGCUGUCCCUGUCUUCGAUCAAUCCGCGAAAGCCGUCGCAGAAGCCCAAAACGUGGCCUUCUACCCGGUUGGUUACCAAAAUUUUGAAAUUCCUGCCGAAUCUUAUGAAAUACCUGCACCAGUAAGUCCAUUAAUCGCUGAGUCGUCUGCCUCAAUGAACGGAGGGUAUGACUCUUCUUCGUCGUCUGCCUCCUCGACGGGUACGGGGACGGCGCAAUCUUCUGCUCAGACUCAGCGUGGUGCCGGCAAUGUUGGUGCUACGAUGUCCAAUGCUAAGACUUACGGUUCUGGUUAUGGAUCUGCCGCCUCAAAUGCAAACAACGGCUAUGCAUCAGCCGCUACAAAUGCAAACACUGCUGGUUACGGGUCUGCCGCUGCAAAUGCCAACACUGGUUACGGUUCCGCAAACACCGCUUCAAGGACGCAAGCAAUGGGCGGUUCAAGUUCGGCCACCUCUCAGGUUCAAGGAGGAUCCGGUUCCACCAACGCCCAAGCUCAAACUCAGGUCAACAAUGGUUAUGGAUCAGCCGCUUCCUCAGCCAACGAUAGAGGUGAAUCCAAUGUUGCUGCCAAGACUCAAGGAUACGGCAACAGCUACGGAUCUGCUUCCUCGACUGCCAAUAUGAUUGGAAUGUACGGCAGCGCUAUUUCCUCUGCUAAAACUUCCAACCAGAAGGGUCACCACUGGCACUUUGGUACCCUAUACGACAAUCCUAUUACCACUCUUUAUCAUCCGAAAUCUCAUAGUGUCGGAUUCGGAACAAUCGACGGAUCUGUAGAUGUGAACAACGUUGGAUUCGCUUCUGCCAAAACUACCGCAAAUACUGGGUAUGGCGUUGCUCAGUCAUUGGCUAACAGCCAUGGUUCCAUGGGUUCUGCUAUGUCCUCCGCCAACACUGUCAACAGCGGUUACGGUUCCGCCAACUCCAAUGCUGCCGUCAACGGUGCAGAAUUCGGUUCAGCCAAAUCUGCAGCUCAGACCAAUGGCUUAGGAUAUGGAUCUGCUAAAUCUUCUGCUAACACCGGCCCAGUCUACGGUAUUAGGUCAAAUGGGUUAACGUUUGGCAGCAGAACACAGGCUGAUGCCCAAACCUCUGGCUCUGGGUCUGCUAACUCUUCUGCAAGGACCCAAGGAUUGAGCACUAGGUACAGAGUGGCCAAUUCCGCCGCCAAAUCGAAUGGCUAUGGUUCUGCUCACGCCAAUGCACAGAGCAUGUAAAAUUUUAUAGUCAAAAAAUACCAGGUUUUGUUUAAAGUACUAGACAAUAGCAACCACAUUAAGACGACUCCUUGUGGUCGACGAAAACUUGUCUUGGUGUAUUUGCACAGUGAUUCAUUUUUAGUUUA